AUGAACCUGUCAAAAGUCGCGGUCGCUCCUCAGUGGUACAGUACACAUCGUGUGGGGGGAGAUUUCUCCGAGAAGAUCAUGGCCGACGCAAGUAUGUACACCGACGGCAGGGCGGCCGACAGCAGCAGCACUGUGGGUGGCAGCAGCAGCGAUGACGAAGAACGCUCGAACCUACAGGAGCUCACAGCACGAGGGCGCUCCGAGAGCCAAGGGCAGCUCAGCGAUCAAGAUACCGACUUAGACCGCUCCUCCUACUUUGUUCUCUCGGGCCCUAACUACACCUACGAGGCUGUCCCGGCUUUCACGCCGGAUGUCAACCGAACAGCAUCAAACAACAAGAAAAUUUAUGGCAAGCCGAUGUCUGUAGGAGAGCCAGUACGCAAACCUUCACGCGACUGGGUGGACGCAUUUCUAGCCGCCCUUCAGCUCUACGAGAUGUAUGCGCAGUUUCAGAAUGACGAAGACUCGAGUCACAUCUACGCGUGGUUGCAAGCGUCCCUGAAAGCCUCGAAGUUAACGCUGACUAUGAUAAAGCGUCGACAGCGCCUGUGCGAGUGGGAUAUUGAACGCUUAGACGCUUUUCUCGAUUCCCAUGUUGAACACCAUAUCGCCAUGGAGGCAGAUGAAUCGUACGACGAGAAUGCUAUCCGGGAGCAUACCAAGGAGGGGUUUUUCAAAGAGCUCGAGUAUAAAGCUCGAGUCCAAGAAGCCGCUGCGCUCGAGUGA